UCCAACUUUGAGCUGUGUUUGUGCUGCUGCUGCUGCAGUCUGAGUAGAAAAUGGAGUCUCUUUUCAUCAUUUUUACCCUGUUGCUCCGUCCGCACGGACCCCAGACGACUUAACACGGAACUCCUCGGCCAAACCGCGGACUUUUAAAGUGUUUUCGGGCGGAAUUGAGUCGUUAUCCCAACGUAUUCCUCGCGACUUCGUUCACAUGCUAAUGCACCUGACAGCAACAUGUGCCUGUCAUCCCAAACUGAGGGAGAAUGUGGAGCAUGUUGCUACAGAUGAGUAGCAGAGAAAGAGGAGGAGGGGGAAUUGUCCCGGGAGCACUGAAGACCCCCCACUUUCUGACUGCAGGCUGUUUACUGCUGGACCCCAUGGUAGAAGCGCAGAUUGAGUGCAUCACGGUUUGGAUCGGCAGUUCCCUUGUGACUGGCUACGUUUCCUGGAAUAAGCUGGAACCCGAGCCCUGAAAGCCACACCAUGGAAUGCCUGUAGCAGCCAUCUUCACCCUCAGCCAGCAUCAGCAUCUGCAGGAAUCCUAAACACACAAAGAGACACAAACACUGGGGACACAGACCACUGGUCCCAUAUCUGUCUUUCUGAUCUGCUGCUGUUAUCUAUUUAGGGCGCCUAUUUUGCCAGAGAUAUUUUGGAGGCCAGAUAGUGUGCAAGUGUGCGAGAUCGAGUGCCUGCACUGGGCACAGAGGCCAUGAGGCCCAAGACAUUUCCCGCUGCCCCUUAUGUGGGCAACACGAGACAGAGACUGCAGGAGAUCAAGGAGGGCCUUAAGCAGCCAGCCAAACUGGUGAGCCAGGCGCUGCAUGGUGGCAGCUCCAGAAGCGAAGGGAACAGAGGAGCCGACUCUAAAAGUGGGAAGGACACAAGCAGCCGGCAGCAACAGCUCAGGCCCCAACAGAAAUUCACCAACUACCAGAAUGCUCUACGAGAAAUCCGCAAGUCCCUCAUGCCCUUUGCCAAUGAGUCGGGUCCAUCAUCGGGGUCUGGACACCCGACUGGUGCCGGAGAAGUCAACCGGCAGAUGCUGCAGGAGUUGGUCAACGCCGGCUGUGAUCAGGAAAUGGCAGUGCGGGCACUGAAGCAGACAGGAAGCCGGAACAUUGAAGCUGCCUUAGAAUACAUCAGUAAAAUGGGCUACCUUGACCCUCGCAAUGAAAUGAUCGUCCGGGUCAUUAAACAGACUUCACCGGGUAAAGCAGGAAUGCCAAACUCCAUCGAUCACCGUCCUUCAUUAGAGGCCCCAGAAGCCGGAGCAGGAGUGAUGCCUCCGUACCACCAGAUGUAUGAGGGGGCGGCUGGAUAUGGACCAGAACCAUACAUGAGUGCCCCUCCAGUAAUGAAUUACAUGAUGCCCCCUACUGGAGCAGCCCAGGGUCCCGCUAUGGGAAAUCCAAUGGGUCGACCUCCUAGCAUGGGCACCUACCCCCCUGUGAUGGGGGCUCAGAGUAACACAGCCAAUCCAAUGUACCCUCCCGGGAACCAGCAGAAAGGCUACGCUGGGAGUAUGGAGCAACAUGGACCCAUGAUGAGCUACAAUGUCCCAGGUCAGCCUCUACAACUCCAGUCCCAACCCCCGGGUGCCCCUGUCCCAGGUCCACAUUACGACUAUGGUCAUGGUAGGCCUCACAUGAUGGAGUCUACAGGUUAUGGAGUCAAGAGAACCGCAUCCUUCCAAAACAAAAUGGCCCCACCGACCAUGCCACCUCCUGACAACUACGCCAACAUGCAAGGUAAAGGGGCCAUGGUCCAGAAUGGCCCAGGAGGAGGAGGGUAUCCUGCAAACCUUUACCUCCCUCCUCACGCACAUCCACGUCAGGCCAGCCCCACUUCCCACCAGGUCCACAUGAUGUCCCGCUCACCUGGUGGUGUAGGAGCCAUGGGCCCUGACUUCUCAGAUCUCCCUCCGAGCUUGAUGACGCCAUCCAGAGCCAGUCUUAAUCUGGACCUGUAUGAUCACCACUGGGCUGGGCCUCCUGGUCCAGAAGGUGCUCAAACAGCCAGACAGCCACAAUCCCAAGGUCCAUUCAGGGGUGAGGUGCGUGUUCCUAGCAGAGCCAAUUCAUUCAACAGCCGCUCGGCUGGGUCUCCGGGUGUACGACCCACCAUGGCAGCACCUUCCACAAGCAGUAAACAAGACCCCUCACUAGGUCCUCCAAACACGAUUACAGCUGUGACAUCGCCACCUAUCCAACAGCCCGUCAAGAGCAUCCGCGUGAUGAGACCUGAACCCAAGACUGCGGUCGGGCCCUGCCAUCCAGGCUGGCUAGCAGCACAGACCCAGGAUUCAGCCGAGUCUUUGACUUACAUGCCAGAGGAAACAUACUCCUUGGAACCUGCCCAGGACACCCGCUGUCCUCCGCCACCAUACCCUAUCAGCAUGUUCAUGUCUUCAGCAGCGGGUGAGAAUGCGACUCAUGAAGGAGCGGGAGCCAUGUGUGUAGGGCAGGACCACGGAAGUGCCGCUGCUGUUUCGUCGAGAAGUACACACAGCGGUAGUGGGGGAAGUGGAAACGCAGACGAGGGUCCGCAGGUCAAAGAGAAGACCAAGAGUGGCAAAGGAGAGAAGUCUGUGAAAGACAAGAAGCAGAUACAGACGUCGCCAGUUCCACUGAGGAAGAACGGACGCGAUGAGGAGAAGAGAGAGUCUCGGAUCAAGACCUACUCACCUUUCGCCUUCAAGUUCUACAUGGAGCAGCAUAUUGAGAAUGUGAUGAAAACGUACCAGCAGAAGCUCAACCGCAGACUUCAGCUGGAGCAGGAGAUGUCAAAGGCCGGUUUGUCUGAAGCAGAGCAGGAACAGAUGAGGAAGAUGUUGAACCAGAAAGAAUCCAACUAUAACAGACUCCGCCGGGCAAAAAUGGACAAGUCCAUGUUUGUCAAGAUCAAAACACUGGGAAUUGGUGCUUUUGGGGAGGUGUGUCUGACACGUAAGGUGGACACCGGCGCACUAUACGCCAUGAAAACACUUCGCAAAAAGGAUGUCCUCAACCGCAACCAGGUGGCCCACGUGAAAGCUGAGCGGGACAUUCUUGCGGAAGCAGACAACGAGUGGGUGGUGCGUCUCUACUACUCCUUCCAGGACCGAGAUAGCCUCUACUUCGUUAUGGACUACAUCCCUGGCGGAGACAUGAUGAGCCUGCUGAUCCGAAUGGGUGUCUUUCCUGAACCACUGGCCCGCUUCUACAUAGCAGAGCUGACACUGGCUAUCGAGAGCGUCCACAGGAUGGGCUUCAUCCACAGGGACAUCAAGCCCGACAACAUCCUCAUCGACCUAGAUGGACACAUAAAGCUGACUGACUUUGGUCUGUGCACCGGCUUCCGCUGGACACACAACUCAAAGUACUACCAGAAAGGGAGUCACGUGAGACAGGACAGCAUGGAGCCCAGUGACUUAUGGGACGAUGUGUCCAACUGCCACUGCGGCGACAGGCUGAUGACCCUGGAGCAGCUUGCCAAUCGGCAGCAUCAGCGCUGCCUUGCUCAUUCACUUGUGGGAACGCCCAACUACAUAGCACCUGAGGUGCUGCUUCGCAAAGGUUACACUCAGUUAUGUGACUGGUGGAGUGUUGGGGUCAUCCUCUUUGAGAUGCUGGUGGGACAGCCUCCAUUCCUGGCUCCCACCCCCACUGAGACUCAGAUCAAGGUCAUCAAUUGGGAAAGCACCCUGCAGGUGCCUGCACAGGUGAAACUGAGCCCAGAGUCGGUCGACAUCAUUGGGCGCCUCUGCUGCUCAGCAGAUGAUCGCCUGGGUGCCAAUGGUGCCGGUGAGAUCAAAGCCCACCCUUUUUUCUCCCCGAUGGACUUCUCCAGCAAUCUGCGUCAGCAGCCUGCACCCUACCGACCCAAGAUCGCCCACCCGAUGGACACGUCCAACUUCGACCCAGUGGAGGAGGAGGGCGGCCCUGGUGCCUGGAGUGACAGCGGUGACAGCACCCGAGCCCUAGAUGCGCUCUGCACCCCACAUGGGAAGCAUCCAGAGCAUGCCUUCUACGAGUUCACCUUCCGCAGGUUCUUUGAUGAUAAUGGCUGCCCCUUCUCAUACCCAAAACCGCCUGGCAUCACCCUGGGAUCAGGAGGUGCUUCUGGAGCAGGCUGCAUGGGCCAGGAGGAGGGGGUGGAAGAAGAGGAGGAGGAAGAGGAGGAGGAUGAAGAGGAAGGGGAGCAGGGGGAGGGAUGUGAGCCGGUAUAUGUUUAGAGCAAUACUCACGACUCCUCUUCUCUUUCCUCAACUCAAUGCUACUCUGAUGUGUUUGUGUGUGUGUGGAGUUGUGCACAUAUAUGGGUGCUUUUUAUUCCUGUUACAGUAUGCAAAUGCAGAUUGCAAGAAGAUAAUCUAUCUGUGGAAUGUACUGCGUCUGCAAACAAUAUAUCACACCCCCAUCACAUGGGACCAAAAGAACAACAUUCUGCGUGCGGCUGACAAGCUGAGAGACAACUGUUUCAAACAAGAGUAUUACUGUCCAUGUGAGGACGUUCUGACUAGAUUAGGGUUUGAGUGAAUUCUGUAAUUCAUUCCUUCCACCGUUGGUCUUACGGUUGACUGAAGCACCUCUGAGGUGACUUCCUGUCACAGGAGCUGCUUUCUCUUCUGCCUGUGCUGCAGUGCACUCAAGUGUCGACAAUGUGAAGAGUAGAACCAGUUUACUCGUUGAGCACAAGCGCUUACAAAGCAUAUGAGCUAGCAGCAGUUAGUAAAUAAUCUCAAACACAAAUGCAUGCUCAAUCAAAGGAUUGCAAACUAUCAUAGAAAAGACUUAUUGUUCAUCAUUUUUCAGUGCUGGCACUGGUAAAAUGAAGUGAGGGUCAUUAGAGUAAUACCAAUCUGUUUUUGAUAACAACUAAUCUUAAAUCUGAAAUGAGUAAAAAUAUUCAAGUUCUUUGUUGCCAAAUUUAGAAAUCUGUUCACACUCAAAGCAUGACUUCAAAAUUGUCUAGAAAGAAAUUAAAUUGAAAGAAAUUCCCUUCGUUCAGUGAUGUCAUUUGUAUAUACAAUUAUGUCUAGAGUGUGGAUCUAGCCAAAAUAUGAUGAAUUCUUUCCAGAAUUCAUAUUAAACAGAAUCGUAAUUCCUCCCACCCCCUCACGAGAGACUGGUGGUGUUUGCAGAACUCAUUUCUCCAUGAUCACUGCACUCACAGCAGCUUUGAGUUGUGUUUUUAGUGAAGACAGGGUGACCACAGUUGCUACUAAUAUUGUACAUCAAAUGUGAUGUCACUGCUUUUCCACCAUUUCAACACUUUGCCAUGAUAAAGCACAUAAAAAUGUGUGUUUGUUGAGUUAGAUGUAAGUUGCUUGAGGCCGAGCUCUUCUUACUAAAUGAUUAGCAUGGAAAUCUAAGGAAGAAAAGUUACAAUCCUCCAGGAUCAAAAGGUUUCAGGGAGAUUUCUGACUGAAACGGAACAGUACUGCAAACAUCAGUCCCAAGGUUGUGACCCUGUAAAUGUAAAGCAGCUGGUCCUCAGCAGCCCAACAUGACACUAUGAUGAAGUGCAAUAGACAGUGUAAUCUUGUUCUCUAAACCCUUAAUAGACUUUUCAGAAGUGAAACGUGCCAUGUAUAAAUAUAUUGGGGUUUUUUUAUAUGUAUUUUUUUCUCUGUUCAGUUACAACAUGCUGCUUAAUAUUGUGGUUGAUAUUAUUUACUUUAUUUUUGUUGAGGCAUGACAAAGAGAGAGAUUUGGUUUUUGAAAGUUGUGAAUCGUGCGCCUUUUAUAGUUGAUUGUUGAGGAGUAAGUCGCCACUGGUUGCACAGAUGAUAAACUUCCCCUCACUGCUGUCAGGCUGGCCUUGAAAUGCAGGAGAGCAGAAAAGGUUUGGGGUUCCGAGAGAGGUCAUGUUUGGAAGAGAGGAGAUGGGCAGGUUGAGUCAGGAAAACUCUAUCUUGUUUAUAAAAUGUGUAAUAUCAUUCUGUAUUUUAAAAUAAUUCACAAACUUUUGAACCUUCAAGUGUUUGGUACAUUUUCUUGUAUUUAUCCAAGAUGACCACACAAGUUUGAGUGUUCCUUGUUUAUCUUUAAAAAAGAAAUCUGUGCCUUUUUUUCCUGGCUUUGUGACAAUCAGCAAACAUUGAAGGCCCCUGGUGUUCAUCCAUGUGGACUCGAACUUUUUCUGGAUUGGACAGGUCUGACAAUUCUUGUACCUAUCUGUGGCUGACAAUGUAUCAAAAAUGUGUUAUACUGUAAAUCUAUUUUAAUGUGAGCAGCACAAUCUUAAAUUCUUCUUAACCUUUUUCGAGCAACAGUUGUAUCAGUGGUUUGAUGCCACACAUUCACUCUGGCUGUGUUAACAUCCAAAAAUACACCUGUUUCUUUUGAGACGUAUCUAAUCAGAUUGUUCAGUUGCUCAUAGCAUUGCAUAUGUUUUUACAGUUUGGUCUUAUAUUUCGACUCACAACCUUACGAGGAUUACAGUUUUGAUGCCAGAGUAUAUUUUGGGCCCUUAAGCCAUAACCUGGUGUGACCUCUGACAAGUUGCCUUGGUAGCAGUUAACACAAGAGUGAUCAAAAGUUAAUGCAACAUAUGCAUGGAAAAUGCCCCUGACCACAUGCUGCUAUGAUGUCAUAAUCCUACCACUCGUAGUUGCAGAAUGUUACGUGGUUUCGUAGUAUCAUGAUUUAAAAAUAUUUUAUUUAUGCAAGCAUUAAUGCUCGAAAAACUAAUACCAGGUUCCUGUGUGAGGCGGCAGAUAGGAUAGAUUUGGGCGUGUUUUUUAGCUGAAAGUAACGCCUCUGGUAAAACUAAUGCUGAUCAGAUAGAGGGUAAACACACCAAAGGAUUUUCUGGGUGCGCGAAACGUUGCUAUCCAAAUGAUGAACAUCUUUGAGCCAGCAUGCAGAAGGAUGCACCAAAGGUAAUUUGUUAUUGGCUGAAUUUCUUGUUAUUCACUGAAAACAGCCUCAUUAGGAUGUGUACUCCUCUCUGCUAUUUCACCUACUAUAAAGUUUGUUUUUCCUUCGCUUCUACUGCAACACAGCUGGUGACUAACUACCAGCUUCCAUGAUGCCUUGAUCAAAACAAGCUUUCUGCCUUAUUCAGAUUUUUUUUACGUCCACCUGGACUGAAGUGUUGAAUAACAUGUUUGAAUGCUAUAUCAUUUGUGCCUUUUAGGUUGGAGAGUGACGACUGACAAUAUUUGACAGAUCAAUUUGUCUUCACUUCUUUUUUUGUAUGUUUACUCCCAGGAGCUCCUGGUGUCCCUCCAGUCUUCCGUUGAUGUAUAAUACAACUCGGUUACUUUUGAAUUUAUAUUUAUACAGAUAUACAUAUUUUUUUUUGUUAUACUCUGUCUUUUUCCAACUUGUGCUGUUUUUCGAACAUCCUUGUCUACGCAGUAUUACAGAUAUGUGGACGGCACUCUCUUUUUUUACACUUGUGUAUGAAGAGUUUGUAAAAAUGCGGUUGCUGUCUCUGUGUGUAAAAUGUAUGUAUAAAUUAAAUUAACCAA